UAGUGUUCAAUUUUCCCAAAGUGACAAUCUGUGAUCACACCGUGAAGUUUUUUUCUUUCUUUGAAUUGACAAAUUUUGCUCUACCUAAAGUUUAGGCUGACUAAAUUUCCUUUUCUAUUUUUUUUGUUCAUAACUUGGUUAAAUCAUCAUUCCUGAAGUAUCAUUAGUUAGCUUAAGCACUUGUGUGUCAGAGUAUAGGAGAGGUGCAGAUCCAGACAAAUAAAAAAACGCAGAUCGAAAGAGCCAGAAAGGUACGUGUGUUGUACGGAAGAAGAGAGAAAAGGCCUCGUAUAGUCACCUCUCUGAGACAACCACAAAGGAUUGCUGUUUCGAAGCAACAAAAAAAAACAAGUAUUUAUAGUGUAGGGCAAAUAGUAAAAGCAAAAAAGCCUGCUCCGAAGUUGGUCAUUCGAGCCCACAGUUCGCAGUGAACUUCGCAGUUUUCUAUAAGCUCAAGAGUCAUUUCCGUUUUUAGGCUAAACCGUUUGGCGAAAUUCUCCGAGGCAAAAAGUGCGACCUAAUUCUGCAUACCAAGUGACAAGUGAAUAUCCGCGGAAAGGAAAGUUUGCGAAACGCGUUAAAAAGGUCCGUUUAGUGCUCGAAUUGGUGCAAAUUUUACAGUGGAUUAAGUUAAGUACAGUGUCUUGCCCGUGUUGGUAGGAGUAGCAGCAACAGGCAGCAGCUGAAUAGAGCCCAAUUGUCGGUACCCAACGCACACAUACAGCUUACAUAGACAAGGCAACAUUUCUUUUACGAAUCUUGCUGUCUCAUUCGUUGGCUCUCGAUCGCGCUCAGCUCAGCUACUCACGGAGUUAAAAAACAGCGGAUCGAUCGUGACGACGGUGACGUGUUGUGUGUUUGAAAGUUCGCCGAAGUUAGACGUGGCGUUGAUCGAGCACAAUCACAGAAAGGCGGCACACGCGCGUUUGUUUCCAUCAGUCGUAGAACCGCGCGCCACCAUCGGUGGUUUGGUAAGCAGCAGCAGUCGUCGUGCUACAGUCAACCCCCGCACGUGUCGCUAAGACAGAUUCUUCAGAUUGUUGCGGUUCCAGUACCGGCCCAGCAAUUGAACCGACCGGAGCAAAACGGACUGCAGUAGGGCAGUACGGUGCGGCGAUGGCGUCCACGCUGAUGUUCUGGAACAAGCAGAACUCCAACAGUCAGAACGGAAACGAUGCCAAGAACACAAAGAACGGCCGCAAUUGGCUGCACGCGCCUGACGUUCUGGUCAACGGACAUGUUGCCUAUCUAGUCAAAUUUCUUGGAAGCACGCCCGUUGAGCAAGCGAAAGGAAUUGAAGUGGUAAAAGAGGCCAUCCGGAGGUUGCAAUUUACCCAGCAAAUGAAAAAGGCAGAAGGCGGAAGCAAUGUGAAAACAAAGAAGGUCGAAAUUACCGUCAGUGUGGAUGGUGUGGCGAUACAGGAACCACGCACCCAAACGAUCCUACAUCAGUUCCCGCUGCAUAAAAUCUCGUACUGCGCCGACGAAAAGGGGGUGAAAAAAUUCUUCAGCUUCAUUGCCAAAACCGGGGCGUCAACGGCGACGACGCCAUCGCUGAGUGCCGCCAGUGACGACACCCACUCUUCCCACUCGACCGAUCAGGACGGCGGGCAGCAUGAGUGCUUUGUGUUUAUCUCGAACAAACUCGCGUCGGAUAUCACGCUUACGAUCGGUCAGGCGUUCGAUCUGGCUUACAGGCGCUACGUAAGCGACAGUGGCAAAUCCGUCGAGGCGACAAAGCUGCAGGGCCAGAAUAAACAGCUCGAGAACACGAUCAACGCGUACCGCCAACGCCUGAAGGACCUGUCCGAGCUGGUGUCGAAGUCAGACUUGGAUAAGCUGCUGCUGAGGCUCGGGUUGCGGGACAUCUGCGAGUUGCCAGCACUGGAAAACGGCAUCGACAGCCAUCAUGUGAACGCCGUCAACGGUAGUAAGACACCCGAUCUGGGUAUUGAUGUAUCGUUACCAAACAACGACGAUCAGCUGCUGAUCGAAACGUCACCGAAGCAUUUUGCUCCGAUCGUCCCACCGCGGAACAUUCAAAAUCAGAUCAACAGCACACUGGAAGCAUUCAAGCCCUCAGUCGGCACGAAGAUGGAAGGUCUGCUGCUAAACUCAGAUUCGGAUAGUGAUUUUGAUCCGAGGGCACCGGAUAACGACAGCCCGUCGAUCGGGGGCAAUAAGAUAAGCAACGAUUUGUUCGGUUUCGAACCCCCAAAACAAAGUGUGGGUCAGCAGCUGUUCAGCAGUAAUAGCCACAAUAGUUUCACCAAUGGAAACACUGGAACUAGCAAUGGAUUUGGUGCUCCUACAAGUCCUCCUCCGAUUUUGGCUCCUCCACCACAAAAAUCUGCCCCACGAAGGACAACCUCAACGCAUCAGAACAGUGGAAUGGCCAACGGUAACGGAUACCAAGAUUUAUUCGGGUCGGCACCCUUUAAUCCACAGGCGUGCGAUGAAACGUCCUUCGACCACUCGAACUUCGGGGAUGCGUCAUUCGCAUCCAACGCGAAUCUCUCAGCUCACUCUAGCAGUUCCUUCACCGAUGAUAUUAAAGUGCUGACUGAAAACGCACCCAAACUGGAAAGCGUACUGGCGCUGAAUAACGCCUACAACAGUGCAUACAACACCUCUCACGGUUUGACGUCGCCCCCAACCGUCGCAGCUAGCCAACAUUCGAAUCCAUUCGCAACAUUGGUCGCACCAGCUGUGAAUAUCCUCCGGACAAACCCGCUGACCGCAGGCCCGUACGAUGUGUUCCAGAACGCUUCGGACGAUGAAACGCUAUCCGGUAGUAUUUCAACCUCGUAUUCAUCUGGCACUGUGCACACCACCAUCAGUAGCACCCAGUCGCGGCCCGUGCAUUCGAACCCGAACCCGGAUUUUACCAAUUCGGAGGCACUUUUCCAAGAUUUUGCUUUAUCGGCUUUUAAUGAGUUUAAGAGAGAUUUAAGCAGCAACAGUAAUCGCGUCAGGCCUAAUAGCGGGAAACGGACUUCGACGAUGGCUACGAAGGAACUCGGCAGUACUGCAAAGAAUAAUUUUGGUUACAAUAACGGUACAGCACCUUUACUCACCACUGGUCCACAGGCACUGCUUCCUCAAAAGACCACAUCGAAAAACGGCUUAUUUAGUUCGGACGACCUGCUGGACACGUUUGAUCCGCUCAAGAAGUGACCGUGAACGCCGUGUGCCCUCCCCAGCGGCAAUGUCCUUUAUUUUUCCUUUGUUUUUGUUUUGUUAAUUUCCUUUUUGAUACGAUUCAGUCUUUGAUUCUGCUGGUUUGAUUAAGAGGGUAAAUGAGGAAGAAGAAGAAAAACACAGCCCAACUUUGGAAAAUAUUCUUUUGUUGUGAGGAAGAGAAUCUCGAUAUUAACAAUUACGCAUACCCACACAGCAUACACGAAAACGUCACAUUAUUAGCCUCUUUUUUAUCCCCAGAGAUCUGAAACGAUUAUGAUGAUGAACGAGUGGAAGUGAAAGUUUUUGUUUAUGAUUCAAAAAUUUUUGUUUUACUAGGGAAAACUAUUGAAACUAAAAUUAAAAUGAGAAGAAGGAAGCAAACGUCGUAACUUUGUGUCCCCCCCCCCCCCCCCCCCCAUAUUAGGUAGUGCGGUGAAAACAGUAAUUUUGUAAUUGAACUUUGCGCAAGGUAGAAAGGAUCGAGUUAAAGUAUUAAAAUCAAUUGUCAGAAAUAAACAAAAAACAACUCUGUGUAGGUUUACAUUUAUGUUAUAUUUUAUAUGUUAGUAUCCCCAAAAUGAUGGGAUAUUGUAUGUAUAACGUUUGGAAAUGAUGCAUUCCAUUGUAUUGUGCAAGUUCGAGUUACAUGCAAGAUGGCGUAUGAUUUGCACACAAGAUAGCAAGCAGUUUGCACUGGGCCCGAUAGCUUGAAAGCAGUGCUCUCUACCGACGACUAGCGAAAACAGUUUGGCUCUAGCGCUGAUGGUGCUAGGGAAAUAACUGGUACUUUUGGUUUGGUGUCCAACCGAUUUUGACCCUACUUUAAAUUUUCCUACGUCUACACAGCUACACACAUCCAGGAUGUGUGGGUAGUUGAUUUUUUUCCCCGGUCAACCCCGGUAAUCUGCACUCAAAUAUAUGUCCCGAUUGGUUUGCGUCCAAAUGGAACUCCUGUGGUGAGGAUUAGUGAAUGGUUUUGUUAGGAAUAGUAAUCAAGUAUUUCUCUAUUUUGCUUUUGUACUAAACGGAACAAACAACUGAACGUAAAAUGGACAUGUAAUUUUGAUAGAGCAUAUAUAAUAUAAUAUAUAUAAUAAUAUUUAGAUAUACAAUGUGCGCAAUAAACAACUAUAAAACUGUAUCAAAUAAAAUACUACCUGUAGAUUCAUUGUUAUUCUAGUUUUAGCCUCGAUUAAUGAUGAUAUUGUAACCAAUAUGAUCAAUAAAAUUCAAUAAUAAAUAA